AUGAAGAAAACUCAAGGACGGAGAAAAAUUGCAAUCAAGCCAAUAGACAAUCAAAAUAGUAGGCAUGUUACUUUCUCCAAACGGCGUUUAGGCCUUUUCAAAAAAGCUACCGAACUUUGCAUCUUAAGCGGUGCAGAAAUCGCUAUUCUCGUUCAAUCUUUAAAACGACAACGUCUUUUUGCUUUCGGUCAUCCCAACGCUGACGCCGUUAUCGACCGUUAUCUCACGGGAAAAUCCUCCUCCUCCUCAUCCAUCGUCGAUAAACUCAACGUGCAGCAGAACAAUCAAUACUAUUCUCAGAGUUGUAGAGAAUUGGAGGCUGAGAAGAAAAAAAAGGAGAUUAUUGAAAAUUCAAAGAUUGUGAAUAAUAAUAAUAAUAAUGAGGGAUUUUGGUGGAAUGAAUCAUUUGAUUAUAUGAGAAUUGAGGAACUUGAAGAAAUUAUGGGUGCAUUGGAAGAAUUGAAGAAGAAAAUAACAAUGAGAGCUGAUGAAUUGAGUAUGAUAAAUGGUUCUUCAGUUUUGCCAAGUAAUUCAACUAUGAAUAGUAAUAUUGCUAGAUUUGGGGCUGAAGAUCAAUUCUCGAAUCAGGCUGCUAUCGACUAUUGUUCUUCAAUUGUUCCUUACCAAUUCAAUCACCCGGGAGAUGGCCAAUUCUGA